AUGAACAUUUGUUUGUGUAGUUUUUUGAUGCAGUGGUUUGAAUUGUUGGUCGGCAAACUGUUGGUGAUGCCAUAUCAAAAAGGAUGGAUGAUCGUACCGGGAAAUGACCCUUCCAGAACAUUUGCUGAUCUCUACACCAAAGACACUUUCCGAAUGGCCGUUAUUACCUCAUUUUGGGACUGCCCAUUAUUGAUCAUCGGCAUGUUUCUUAUCUUCCAUUAUAUCGUGUGCGCUAUAUUAAGUCUAGUGGUUUUGACUGUAGAACGGAGUUUUGCAACUUAUUUGUUGAAUGAUUAUGAGACGAAAACUCGUCCGCAAAUUCAUAGAAUACUCCUGGUGGCUCAACAAAUAAUUGGGGCACUGAUUUCAUUGCUUUCGUGUACUGUGAUGAUUCCAGUGGAGGCGUGGCUUAUUUUGAUUGUGCUGGUGAUGGCUUUGACAUUUGCGGGCUACACCUACAUCUGGUACUGGAAUGUCCGCGUUCAUAAAAUCAUGGACUCCCGUCACAUAUUUUCCUGCACUAAAUACUCCCUUCAAGCUAGAUUCCAGGCAAAGGAGAAUGCUCGAAGCUUGAGCUUCGCCAGGACUGUCUUCUCCUUCGCCACAAUAUGCAUAUCCUUUCAAGCCAUCAUAUUGGCUGUCCAAACCCCUGAGCUUCUUGGGAGUCUCGCUGUUCCAUUUUUCUAUUUGAUGGAGUUAACAACUACAGUAAACCCCAUCUCAUGCGUUCCAUUAAUCCUGCUUAACGUUCCUUCCUGGCGUAAGAAACUUUUCAAUGGGUGUGCCACAAUUCGAUUGAUAAAAUGGUUGUUAGCCAAGAGAACUCCAGAAGUUGGUUUUGUGAAGCCAAGGUCGGAUUCAAGAGAAUGGGGUGACAUAUUAAGCUGGCGGCUUCGCAAGAUGUCCUACAGUCUUAAAUACAUCAAUCCACGCCAAGGAAAAGUUUUACCGGCACUUCAAGCUCAUGUAAACUCUCUGUGGCCCAAUUUACCACUGAUUAAAUUCGAAAUUGAUUUUUACCGUGGAUUCUGCCCGUCCCUCAUUGAUUCCAAGGUCAGAGACAUCCGUUUCGCAUUCUCGAAUAUGAACAAAUCCAUGCUAGAAAGUAUUCUCACUUCUCAUUCAAACCUAGAACGGGUGAGCAUCGCAGGCCAAUUUAACGGCACACUAGGUGCAGACUCCAAGUUAAUGAGAGUUCCAUCAGUAAGCUGCAAUGUGGUCAACAACAGUUCACUGACUGAAGAUCUAUUGGAACAUUUCAAAGGGAACCGUUUGAUUCUUGACAUGGCCUCAACUUGUGAGCAGGCAGUGUCUCAACUGAUUAAAGAUUGGAUGAUUGAUGCCAAAUAUCCAAAUCUGAAAACACUUAUUGUCCAUUUGAAACAUGGCGCUCACCCUUUUAAAAACAUCACAAAAAACUUGAAUGGUGUGAAAUGGGAUAAGUAUCGAUGGCCAACGGAGGAAGAACUCGGCACAAACCACGAUAUUUUAGGCUUGUUCGAUUGGGAGAAGAGUUAUGAUAUCAGGCAAAAGGACACUGGAAAAAUGGCGACAGUCAAUUGCAAGCAUAACGCAGUGAUCUUUUUCGUGCGGGACUGCCAGAAUCAGUAA